UUGUAAACAUUCCCGCAAGAUUUGACGUUCUGCUUUUUUUAUCAGUCUUCAAUGACAAGUCAAGAGGAGUUCCGUCAAUGUUUUGAUUGGUCAAUGAGAAUUUGGCGAAUCAUUUGAAAGAUUGCAAAAGAAGUAACUGUACACAACCAGCUGGUAAAGGAUUUUUUCUCAUCGGAUAAAGUGUGGAAUAUAGGCCUUAUCAGGAACUUGAAAAAACACAUACCACAAAAGUUACAGGAGUUGAAAUGAGCAGCUGAUGAAAGAAAUUGAUUAUGGAGGAGUUCAAACUGGAGAAUUGCCACGAGUUUGGCAGCUUUCCUGAGAAAGGAGGGGCUUUUAGUACCAGUACCCCGCUUGUCCACAGUAAACUCGACGACUCCCUCCCACCUCGGUCCCUUUCUAACUGUGUGUGGUCCCCUAAUGACAGUGGCUAUGCAGACUCUAUAUGCAGCAGCAAUACUAGUGAUAUUUGCCAAGUGACUUCAAACGAUAGCUUUACACAAUUCCGAUUGCACAAUUCGGACCUAAGUCCAAGUCCCACUGCAGUUGCCCAGUCAUCUGGGUCACUACAGACAGACAAGUAUGUGCCCAGGUUUUCCCUGGGUGUACAUCUUUUAGACUAUGAAAUCCCUGAGGAGGAACAUGUGUAUGAGAAGUUUUCUCCAAAUAAGAGCCCUAUCCCUCACUACAGUCUGGAAGAUGAGGACAUGUGUACUGAAGAUUCUUGGGCUUGCACUGCACCCUCCCCGACAAAGCAGACCAUUUACUCAAACCUCACAGAGAGAUUUAAGGCUGCGUUACAUCAGUGCAUGCCCACGGAGCCGGACCGGAUGAUUGGACGGAAGAUGGGGCUGGAUCAGGUUGACCUGGUCAGUGAAUUGAGUGACCGUGGAAUGAUGAUUAUCAUAGAGAGAAUUGUCAGCUAUCUCCAGUCUUCUGAUAUACGCAGAAUGUGUCGAGUCAGUAAGACAUGGAGUUCUGUGUGUCGUAAAUGGUCUAUACAAAAACAGCAACGCAGAGCGCGGUCACUGAAACGCAAAGACAAGGAGAAUGCGAGUCUCAAGGUGGCGCCAGACCUGGAUGCUGUUCAGCGUGGUCUAACUGUAGGGGAGCAGACCACCCUGGGAACUGUUCAGGCAGUACAAGAUAGGGUUCCACUGCCCUGCUCUAUAGGCACUCAGAGGGACCUCUUUGUACAGACUGCAGAGUCUCUAAAGAAUGAGGAGAAAUUGACCAAAUGUCCAAUGUGCCAACAAGCUGCCGUAGUGUACCCUGUGCAGGAGAGGGGCAUGUGCCAAUCAGACAAGUGUAGCUUUGACUACUGUGUAAAGUGCUUCCAUCCAUUCCACAGAAGUUUGCCUUGUGAAUCGCUGACCGUCAGCAAACGAAGCAAAGAGUCCAAGAUUGGCGGAAAGCACGGGAAGAAGUUUCUGAGGCGGUUAUAGCACUGGGAAUACACCAUGGUACACAGACUUAACAGGCAUGAACCGUACUCCCAGGUCAGCUCGCAAUUCACCGUGGCAGCCAGAGAUCUGGUCAUCUGUUCACUAGAGGCAGUCACAAGGUUGUCCCCAGGCACUGCAUGGAAACACGGAGCUCCUCAUCAAACUACGGAAAAUCUAAUUCCAGGAAUCCACCAGACUGUCACAAAGAGACACCACCAAGUGUGUUCAAAGGCACCACCUUAUGUGUUCAAAGGCACCACCUUAUGUGUUCAAAGACACCAAGUGUGUUCAACACCUUCAUAUUUCCUUUUGACGUGUGUUCAGGAACAGGCUGUUUUAUUGUUGCAUGCUUGUUUUACAUUUCUUAUUUUUUAAAGAUAUUUUUUUAUUUGUAUUUUUGCAUUUUACUGUUUGUUAUAGUUAACAUAAAAUUACCGAUUUUUAUAUUAUAUCUUUUAAACUAGUUCAUUUUUAUUUGUAGUCCAUGAGAAAUUUACUCAAGUUAUUUACACAUCAGUAUCGGCACAACACUCAGUCCAUGGAUAUAAAAUCCAAAUAAUACUGGUAAUAUGCAUGUACUGUUUACAUAAAGAUAAGAAAGACUUGAUUUACCAAAGAUAGAAAUAAUGUAAUUACACUAAAUGAAAUUCUCCAGAGGACAUUGUUCUGACACUAUUUAUAUCACAAAAUGGUUGGUUAAAUACUAUCUUAUGUAAAUCAAAACGCUUUAUACAAAUCUAUUGUGCGGUUGAUCAAAUGUUCAGAUUAUAUUUUGAAUAAAUAAUAUAUAUCUUUA